CCUGGGGGGGUAGGCCCACGACCUGUUCAGGACAAUCGUUCACCGGUGUUUUGGCACGCGAGCCGAGGAAUCGAAACUCAGCGUCGGCCGAGUUGCUAACCGCUGCGCCACCGCUCCCUCCUCCCCCCCCCCCAUGAGCACGUGACGCGCCUUCACCCAAUGGGUGUCGUCUGCGUGCGGGGGGGGCAAACAUUUGCCGCCAUUAUUGAAUGGUGGGCGCGCGGCGUGCUCGGGUUCCCGCCUUCACGAGUGCAAACUCACCUCACGAGCGCUGGUUGUGAACGCAAUUUUUAAAGUUAUCGAUAACGACGACGACGUGUUUGUUUUGUUUUUUACUACCGUGUUAUUGUGACACGCGCAAAACCCAAAACCUGCGGAGCCGUGAAGCGAAGUUAACGGAGACGUUAACAAAUAAAAAAAACGAGAGAGGCAUUCGUGCGAAAGUUUUGUUGGCCGCUCGCAACGGCCGCAAACUUGCGUACCAGCAAUCGUAAACUCGCACAAAGGAGAAAAAAAUAACAUUAUUGACGCUUACGGGUGAGUUCGUCGAAGAAUAGAAUAGUGAAACGAGCCUGUAGCACCUGGGACGCGCGGCACGGCCACACGCGAUCCAGGCUCUGCCCCAGCUUCGCUUCCGAGAUCGGCGGCCACAUUCCGGGUGAUAUGUGGGCAAAUGUGCCUUGGACGGCAGUACAGGAUAUCGGUUUAUAGUAUUAUAACUUAAUUUGUGCGUGUUUUUUUUUUUUAAACCGGUUAUCAAAUUACUGGUAACGUUAAAUGUGUGAAGAAUGUGCACUGAAUGCCUACUUUAUCGAGGUAGAUAUUGGCACGUAAAUAAACAUUGAAGAACCCUUUCAUUUAGGGGUGUUUAUAUAAAAAAGUAACGUUUGAUGCAUUUUGUACAUUGCAUGUGAAGUCUUAACAUUGUCAUUGGCAGUGCAGUCACGGCGGAUUCUGGCCAUUCUUAACUUCCUUUCAUCUUGACCUUUGUCCACGUUUUGCUUGCUAUUUACACGGCUCAUCGAUUAAUUAGGCCCAUUUUCCCAAAACUUAAGUCUCAAAAUAUCGACGUAAUUUCACGGUGAAGUUUUGUUAAAAUUGAAUCAUCUUUACGAAAGUGCCCCCUACUUUAUCAGACGACAGAGAGCUAGUUUGACUUGUAUGUCAUUUGUUAGCCGGAUGAUCCUGUUUAGCCAGCUUGCCAGGCUAUAUUUUACAAGGCAGAUCCGUGGUGCCUUGUGAACAGAGCAACAAGAAAACAAAGGCAAAUAUUGUUGCAGACAAUAAAUGCAGGGUCCCUACUAGGUAUUUGUAAUUGUGAACAAAGCAACAAAAAUAUGCCAGUGUCUUUAUAAUCGUCGACUUAUCCCAGUAUUCGAACUCAUGCUAUUAGCAUUGCUGGUUCUAUUGACACAGACACCAGCCCACUCAUUAUCAGCGAAGAGAUGUUAUCAGCUGACAUUUUUGUUUUGGUUCUGUUGUCCCUAGCACGGUUAACGUGAAUUACUCAGCAGCGCUCGAUCGGGGAGUAACAAUCCUUGGAAUUCUAGGAGGAGCGCUAGCCGAGUCCCUGUGGCUGCGGGCGAUGGCGUGUUCCGGCCCCCGGAAUGGGAACUUCGCGGAUAAUCGCCAGGGGCUGGCAUGUUCCAGCCCACGGAAUGGGAACUUUGCGGAUGAUCGCCAGGGGCUGGCGUGUUCCGGCCCACGGAAUGGGAACUUUGCGGAUGAUCGCCAGGGGCUGGCGUGUUCCGGCCCACGGAAUGGGAACUUUGCGGAUGAUCGCCAGCGGCUGCUCUCACGUCCAGAGACAAGCGGCUGCCAGCCACUGUCGUCUGCCGACGGCUCUCGAAUGGAGCACAACGCGACAGCAGACGCCAAGGGACCACAAGUGUCCCCUGACACAGCCUUGGAGGAAUGCGUUUACACAGAGCAAGACAUUCGGCGGAAAAUAUUCAUGGAUCGGCGGGCAAAAGCUAAGGCCUUAGUCAUCCAUGACUGCUUCAGAGAUGCCAAGGAAGGAGCUGCGAUUCCCAGUGAGCACCGUGCGUCCCAUAAUACGCUGGGUCACGCGUCGCCGCUGGACUGCCUUUACGGCUAUUUGAGCCUGGCGACGGCACCGGUGCAGGUUGGAGAUGCGGAAGACAUUCCCACAAAGAAUGGCAGGAUCGUCUACUCGCGUGAGCUUCUGCUUAACUAUCUGUACAGCCCCCUCUGCUGGGUCAAGCUCUCCCUGCCCAAGUACGACGUGGUGCUUAACAAGCCGCAUGGACAUGCACUGGAGAUCAAAGGCUCGAGCUCUUGAACACUUGCACCGCUUGGUCCACACCAAUGUGCAUCGGUGUGGCGCUUUGCUCUGUCACGUUUUCCCGUAAAGGUGAAGCAUUUUUGUGGAAAAGAUUGACUUGCGUUUUUUUUAGUGCCGUUCAGUUCGAAUCCAUAUCCUAGUUUAGAACUGAAAAUGUACGAAGUCUUCUUGGUUCUUUCGGUAAAUUCACGUAGAAGGGAAAUAAUGAAAUAAUACAAAUUAAACUAAA